AGCAAACGGCUCUUUCUCUAGAGAAUCGCAAAAUACAGAAAAACCCUAAUAGCCUGGGAAUUGCCAGAGUCUCGUCUCCUCGUCUUUCAAAAGCACAGGAAAACCCUAAUCGGCUCUUUAUACUCUCUACUCGACUUGAGUUUGCUUCGCUUUGUUCAUCGUUUCCCUUCAUCUGUAACGCCGAUUUUGAUUUUCGGUCUCUCCUUCCACCGCUGCAACAAUGGCUUUCUGGGGAAUUGGAGUUGCAGGUGUUGAGGUGAAAUCUGGGAGGCCUUUCACUCUUCGUUCUUCCAAUUCAAGGCUUCACGUUUCUCAGGCAACGUUGGGGGUGGGUAAGGCAAGAGAAAAAAGCAUAGUUCAAUGUAAUGUUGGGGACAAAACACCUGUCUUUUUGUGUGCCUUAUCUCCCGACAAUGUUGAAUCUUCCCAAUUGAAUCUGGAAUUCGAUGAAGCUGUGGAAGUUGUUUUCUCUGUCAUUGGACCUCGAAGCGUACACCUAACUGGCUACUAUCUCAAUGGGAAAUCUACUUUCACUGGGGAUGAUGAUGGGUCAGAGACUUAUGGAGAAGAUAUUGUAGAUACAGAGAACGAAAGAUCUGCUGAUGAAAAUGAUUACGAUUAUAGUGACAGUUUUAUAAAUGACGGUGACCCUUCUGGUGAGGAACUAACUAUCAAGGAGAGACCGAAGAAAGCGAAAAAUCAGAAGAAUAAUGGAAAACUCAGAAGACUUAGGAAGAAGUUUCAAGUAUCUGACUCUGAUACUGAAGAAAAUUGGAAAUUAGGAGUUUUCUCUGGAAUUCGUGACUCAAGCACUAGCAGUUCCGUAGGAUUAUAUGUCAGUGAAAGUGAAUAUGAGAUCGGGGACUUACCUUUUUCCAAGAGUGCUCUGUCUCUAAGGCAGACAAGAUCAAAGACAAGUGGCAUGGAAAAUGGUCAGACUGACUCAAAAAGUAAGAAGGCAGUAACUGAUUUUGCUGAUCAUACCCAUGAGGUUCCGGAUCAAAGUAGGGAUAAGCCUUCAGACGAUUGCAAAAGUCCUUCAAAGAAAAAGAGGAGAAAACAGAAGCAAAGCAUUUCCUUUGAUGCCAAAUCUUGUACUGAAGGGGAUAGUAGGAAAACAGAAAAUCCUUCUGAAAGUGUUCAGAACGAGGAGCCAACUUUUGACAAGAUCGAUGCAUUGAAGAAAAAGAGAAAAAAGGAGGGACAUGAGGGAUCUAUGAUCAAGAGUAUUGCGACAGAAGCUGACAAUUCGAUUGAUCAUCCGCGGGUCAAUAAGAAGACAAGCAAGAGGUGCCGUGAAGUUCAGGAUGAGGAAAACACCGACAAAUCAAAAUCUGGCAAAGAAGUGAGUGACAACGAGUACAGAGACGGUACUAAUAAACCACUCGGAGUGGAGAGUUUGUCAAGUGGACUGAUCAUUGAAGAGCUUGGAAAAGGGAAUUUGGAUGGGAAAUCAGCAGUUAAGGGGAAAAAGGUCAGCAUAAUUUACACUGCGAAGUUGAAGGAGAACGGGGAAGUAUUCGAUUCAAACGAUGGAAAGGGUCCAUUAAGAUUUCGCCUAGGUGGAGACAAGGUGAUAGAAGGUCUGAACAUUGGUGUUGAAGGCAUGCGUGCUGGUGAUAAGAGAAGACUUAUCAUCCCACCAUCUCUCGGAUAUACGAAAGAGAGACCUGCAGAAGAUGUGCCCGAGAAUGCAUGGCUUGUCUACGAAGUUGAAGCCGUGAAAGUACGAUAAUGUCUUGCAUGGGUUCUCCUAUUUAAUCUUACCUCGUUCCCAGUUUUGAUCCUCUUCUCUCUUUCUUCUGGGUUCAAGACAAUAUUUUUUUGUUUAUCUCAAGGUUUGGUUUUAUUGAAUUUUGAUGGCUGGUUCCAUACCAAAUUCGGGCAGGACGUAUUUUGUUUCUAAUUUUCAAUGAUCGACUCGAGCACCACUUCAAUUGUUUUCGAUGAUCUCGGGUUGAUUUUUUGUUUUCUC